GCACAAGAUUAGCCGGUGGGGGGGAAAGGAAAUAGCUGGGUCGCUGCGAAUGAGUUCUUUAAAGUAUAUUUAAGUGAUUUGUCUCAGCAAUAUCAAAUCAAACCACGGGUUAAAUGCGCUUAUUCUGUAGUACGUACGUUUUGUGGUUUUUAUAAAUACGCAAUUCAAAGCAAUCGCUGAAAUUGCUUUUGUGGGACUUGUAACCCGGAAGUGUUUUCGGUGAUAGUGUUUCCGAAACUGGUUUGUUUGUUUCAUCGCGUCUUUAACCUUUAACCAACCAUUUACCGCCGAUCCCGUUCUGGGUCGCCGGGAGUUUAGAUCCAGUCCAGCAGCUAUCGCAUGAGGUGGACCACAGAUCGAGAUGGGGAAGGCGGACUUUCUGACUCCUAAAGCGAUCAGUAACAGGAUUAAGGCCAAAGGUCUACAGAAGCUGCGGUGGUACUGCCAGAUGUGCCAGAAACAGUGCAGAGACGAGAAUGGAUUCAAAUGUCACUGUAUGUCAGAGUCUCACCAGCGCCAGCUGCUGUUGGCUUCAGAAAAUCCUACGAAGUUCAUGGACUAUUUCUCAGAUGAAUUUAAGAGUGACUUCCUGGAGCUGCUUAGGAGAAGAUUCGGAACGAAGCGUGUGCAUAACAACAUCGUGUAUAAUGAGUACAUCAGUCACCGUGAACACGUUCACAUGAACUCCACGCAGUGGGAGACGCUCACAGACUUCACCAAGUGGCUUGGCAGAGAAGGUCUGUGUAAAGUGGACGAAACGCCCAAAGGCUGGUACGUUCAGUACGUCGACCGUGACCCCGAGACCAUCCGGCGGCAGGAGGAGCAGGCCAAGAAGAAGAAGCAGGAGCUAGAUGAUGAGGAACGCGCCGCUAAAUUCAUCGAGGAGCAAGUUCGCAGAGGACGAGAUGGAAAAGAGUCUGAAUUGGACAGUCCGGUUUUUACAGAACUCAGACGUGAGGAGCACGAGGAUAAAGUUGCCUUUAACCUCGGAGCCUCCUCCUCCUGCUCAUCUUCAUCGUCUUCUUCUAAAUCCAGCUCUGUCUUUGCUGCUAAUGCUCUGAGAGGAGCAGCAGCGUCGGCAGCGUCGGCAGCGUCGGCUACUACGAAAAGGAAGGACGUUUCGUCGAAUUCAGACUUCAGAGGAGAGAAGAAGAAGAAGUCUGCUCUGGAGCAGAUCAUUGAGAUGGAGCAGCAGCAGAGAGCAGACCACUGGCUUCAGCCCAACAUCGUGGUCAAAGUGGUCACCAGAAGACUUGGAGACAAAUACCACAAAAAGAAGGCCGUGGUCCUGGAAGUUCAGGGCAAAUACGCGGCUGUGGUCAAGAUGAUCGACUCUGGAGACAAACUAAAGCUGGACCAGAACCAUCUGGAGACAGUCAUACCCGCACCAGGUAAAAAGGUUCUGAUUCUGAAUGGACCCUACAGAGACACCCAGGCUCUACUGGAAGGAAUUAGUGAAAAGGACUUCAGUGCUACGCUAAUGCUAGAAUCUGGUCCACAGAGAGGACGCAAGGUGGGAGUGGCCUAUGAGGAUUUUUCCAAACUGGCCUGAAGGUCCGCCUCCUUUUUUAACCUCCACCCUGUGACCAGCAGGUGGACUCUUUUCCCACGAUUCAUCAUCACAGAAGCGCGUACUUCAUUGGUUCUUUAUUAGCAGUUGUUUUUCUGAAUGUUUCAGAUGUGAAUAAAUACGUUUUCAUACACUC